GGUCGUCCUGUUAAAUCUAUUCGUGCCCGUUUAAAGGGUAAGGAAGGUCGUAUCAGAGGUAAUUUAAUGGGUAAGCGUGUCGAUUUCUCUGCAAGAACAGUUAUUUCAGGUGAUCCUAAUUUAGAAUUGGAUCAAGUCGGUGUUCCAAAAUCUAUAGCUAAAACUUUAACAUACCCCGAAGUUGUAACUCCAUAUAAUAUUGAUCGUUUAACACAGUUAGUGCGUAAUGGUCCAAAUGAACAUCCUGGUGCUAAAUAUGUUAUUCGUGAUAACGGAGACCGUAUUGACUUGAGAUACAGUAAAAGAGCAGGUGAUAUCCAAUUGCAAUACGGUUGGAAAGUCGAACGUCACAUCAUGGAUAAUGACCCAGUUUUAUUUAAUCGUCAACCUUCUUUGCAUAAAAUGUCCAUGAUGGCGCAUAGAGUAAAGGUUAUGCCAUAUUCAACAUUUAGACUGAAUUUAUCUGUUACUUCACCUUAUAAUGCGGAUUUCGAUGGUGAUGAAAUGAAUUUACAUGUUCCUCAGUCAGAAGAAACUAGAGCAGAACUUUCUCAAUUAUGUGCAGUUCCAAUGCAAAUUGUUUCACCACAAUCUAACAAACCUUGUAUGGGUAUUGUGCAGGAUACACUAUGUGGUAUUCGUAAACUGACAUUAAGAGAUUCCUUUAUAGAGUUCGAUCAAGUUUUGAACAUGUUAUAUUGGGUUCCUGAUUGGGAUGGUGUUAUUCCUCAACCAGCCAUUUUAAAGCCAAAACCAUUAUGGACUGGUAAACAAAUUUUAUCUAUUGCUAUUCCUAAAGGUAUCCACCUGCAAAGAUUUGAUGAAGGUACUACAAUGCUUUCUCCAAAAGAUAAUGGUAUGCUUGUUAUUGAUGGUCAAAUUGUUUUUGGUGUCGUUGAUAAGAAAACUGUUGGUUCUUCAAGCGGUGGUUUAAUCCAUGUUGUUACAAGAGAAAAAGGUCCUCAGGUUUGUGCGAAAAUGUUUGGUAAUAUUCAGAAAGUCGUCAACUUUUGGUUGUUACAUAAUGGUUUCUCUACUGGUAUUGGUGAUACAAUUGCCGAUGGUGAAACUAUGAAAGAAAUUACUGAAACAAUCGCAGAAGCUAAAAAGAAAGUCGAAGAAGUUACAAAAGAAGCUCAAGCCAAUUUACUAACAGCUAAGCAUGGUAUGACAUUGCGUGAAUCCUUUGAAGAUAAUGUUGUUCGUUUUUUGAAUGAAGCCAGAGACAAAGCUGGUCGUCUUGCUGAAGUUAACUUAAAUGACACCAACAAUGUCAAGCAAAUGGUUAGUGCCGGUUCCAAGGGUUCUUUCAUUAACAUUGCUCAAAUGUCUGCAUGUGUUGGUCAGCAAUCGGUUGAAGGUAAACGUAUUGCGUUUGGGUUCGUUGAUCGUACCUUACCUCAUUUCUCUAAAGAUGAUUAUUCUCCAGAAUCCAAGGGUUUCGUUGAAAAUUCAUACUUAAGAGGGUUGACACCACAAGAAUUCUUUUUCCACGCUAUGGGUGGUCGUGAAGGUUUAAUCGAUACUGCAGUUAAAACUGCAGAGACAGGUUAUAUUCAACGUCGUCUGGUUAAAGCUCUGGAAGAUAUUAUGGUUCAUUAUGAUAGUACUACUAGAAACUCUCUAGGUAAUGUCAUCCAAUUCGUCUAUGGUGAAGAUGGUAUCGAUGCAUCCUACAUUGAGAAGCAAUCCAUUGAUACUAUUGGCGGCUCAAAUCAAGCAUUUGAAAAGAGAUAUAGAAUUGAUCUAAUGAGCCCCGAACAUUCACUAGAUACAACUUUACUAGAGUCUGGUUCUGAAAUUAUAGGUGAUGUCAAGAUCCAAUCUAUGUUAGAUGAAGAAUAUAAGCAGCUAGUUAAUGAUCGUCGUUUCUUGAGAAAUGUUUUUAUUGAUGGUGAACAGAAUUGGCCGUUGCCAGUUAACAUCAGACGUAUAGUUCAAAAUGCCCAACAAACUUUCAGAAUUGACCAUACAAAGCCAUCUGAUUUAACCAUUCGUGAUGUUGUUUAUGGUGUCAAGGAAUUAGAAAGUAAGUUGUUAGUCUUGAGAGGCAAGAGUAAAAUAAUUGAAGAGGCUCAAAAUGACGCAAUUACCUUAUUCUGUUGUCUAUUACGUUCCCGUCUAGCUGCUCGUAGAGUUCUGGAAGAAUACAGAUUGACUAAACAAGCUUUUGAUUGGGUAUUGAGUAACAUUGAAUCACAAUUCUUACGUUCAAUAGUUCAUCCUGGUGAAAUGGUCGGUGUCUUGGCUGCACAAUCUAUUGGUGAACCAGCUACCCAAAUGACCUUAAAUACUUUCCAUUUUGCUGGUGUCGCAUCUAAAAAAGUUACUUCAGGUGUUCCACGUUUAAAGGAAAUUUUAAAUGUUGCUAAGAAUAUGAAAACACCUUCAUCUACUGUCUACUUAGAGCCGGAAUAUGCCAUUGAUCAAGAAAAAGCAAAAUUUAUUAGAUCUGCCAUAGAACAUACUACAUUGAAGAGUGUUACAGUGGCAUCUGAAAUUUAUUACGACCCUGAUCCACGUAGUACUGUUAUUCCAGAUGAUGAAGAAAUUAUACAAUUACAUUUCUCAUUGUUGGACGAUGAAACAGAAAAGGCCUUAGACAACCAAUCCCCAUGGUUACUGCGUCUAGAAUUAGAUCGUGCCGCCAUGAAUGAUAAAGAUUUGACAAUGGGUCAAGUUGGUGAAAAAAUCAAAGAAACAUUUAAAAAUGAUUUAUUCGUUAUUUGGUCAGAAGAUAAUGCUGAUAAAUUAAUUAUCCGUUGUCGUGUCGUUCGUCCUAAAUCAUUGGAUGCAGAAACUGAAGCUGAGGAAGAUCAUAUGUUGAAAAAGAUUGAAAACACUAUGUUAGAAAGUAUUACUUUACGUGGUGUUGAAGAUAUUGAACGUGUUGUCAUGAUGAAAUAUGACAGAAAAAUGCCAAGUGAAAAUGGUGCAUACGAAAAAGUUCCAGAAUGGGUUUUGGAAACAGAUGGUGUUAAUUUAUUGGAAGUCAUGACAGUUACUGGUGUUGAUCCAACUAGAAUAUACACUAACUCUUUCAUUGAUAUUACUGAGGUUUUAGGUAUUGAAGCCGGUCGUGCAGCUUUAUACAGAGAAGUCUACAACGUUAUUGCUUCAGAUGGUUCUUAUGUUAAUUACCGUCAUAUGGCUUUAUUAGUCGAUGUUAUGACUACACAAGGUAGUUUGACAUCCGUCACACGUCAUGGUUUCAAUAGAUCUAAUACUGGUGCAUUGAUGAGAUGUUCUUUUGAAGAAACAGUAGAAAUUUUGUUUGAAGCUGGUGCUUCUGCCGAAUUAGAUGAUUGCCGUGGUGUUUCAGAAAAUGUAAUUUUAGGUCAAAUGGCACCUGUUGGUACAGGUGCAUUCGAUGUUAUGAUUGAUGAAGAAUCAUUGAUUAAGUAUAUGCCAGAACAAAAGAUAACAGAAUUAGAAGAUGGUCAAGAAGGUGGUCUAACACCAUAUAGUAACGAAAGCGGUCUAGUAAAUGCUGAUAUUGAUUUGAAGGACGAAUUAAUGUUCUCACCUUUAGUCGAUUCCGGUUCCACCGAUGCUAUGGCAGGUGGUUUCACAGCUUAUGGUGGUGCUGAUUAUGGCGGAGCUACAUCUCCAUUCACUGCGUACGGGGAAUCUCCAUCCUCUCCAGGAUUUGGUGGUGUCUCUUCUCCAGGGUUUUCUCCUACUUCACCUGCUUACUCACCAACUUCUCCUUCAUAUUCACCAACAUCUCCAUCAUACUCACCAACUUCAACAUCAUAUUCCCAAACUUCCUCAAGUUAUAGUCCAACAUCACCUUCCUAUUCACAAAAUCUCCAUCAUACUCCCAAAAUUCCCAUUCUAUUUCGCCAACUUCCCCACAAAUUCCCCAACUCCCCAUAUAAUUCCCAACCUUCCCAAUUUACGUCCACAUUCCCAUUAUAUUCCCAAAUUCCUUAA